UCCGCGCGCGGGCCCGCGGGGUCAGUCGGAGCGCGGCGCCGAGCGGAGCGGAGCGGAGGCGGGACACGGCGGGGACACAGCCGGGCAGCAGCGCCAGCAGCACCAGCAGCACCGCAGCGAGCCCACCAUGAUAAACACCCAGGACAGUAGUAUUUUACCUUUGAGUAACUGUCCCCAGCUGCAGUGCUGCAGGCACAUUGUUCCAGGGCCUCUGUGGUGCUCCGAUGCCCCUCACCCACUGUCGAAGAUCCCCGGUGGGCGAGGGGGUGGCAGGGAUCCUUCUCUUUCAGCUCUGAUAUACAAGGAUGAGAAGAUCACUGUUAGCCAAGAUGUCCCAGUGCAUGAAGGGAAGCCUCACAUUGUGCACUUCCAGUACAAGGUCACAGAGGUGAAGACCUCCUCCUGGGACGCAGUGCUCUCAAACCAGAGCCUCUUUGUGGAAAUCCCUGAUGGAUUAUUAGCUGAUGGAAGCAAAGAAGGGUUGUCAGCACUGCUGGAGUUUGCUGAAGAAAAAAUGAAAGUCAACUAUGUCUUCAUCUGCUUCAGAAAAAGCAGAGAAGAUCGAGCUCCUCUCCUGAAGACAUUCAGCUUCCUGGGCUUUGAGAUCGUGCGGCCUGGCCAUCCCGCGGUGCCGUCGCGGCCAGACGUGAUGUUCAUGGUGUACCCCCUGGACCAGAGCUCUUCCUCCGACGAAGAAUAGCUGCACAAGGGAACUCCAGGGACCCUGACAUGCCGUGGAGAGGAGAGAGGAUCUCCUCCUUUCCUGAGGAGAGGGAAGCAGAGCUUCUGUUGGACUGCAAGCGCAUUUCUCAUUGUUAGAUUGGGCUGUGUAUCCCCAGAGUUGACUCUCAUUGAAACAUGUUGCCUAGAGAACUAUCUAUCACACAUGUAAUCAUCACUAGGAAAAGGAAGAUGUUUAUGAACUGGCAUAGGAGCUCUUCCCAUGCAGCUGCAUGGUGUGGGAGCCCCGAGGUCGGUACCACCUUCGGGACUCCUCUGAACCCCCACUGCUGCCUCCUGCCUGCCCAGCGUGGGCUCAGCUGGGACAUGACCCAUUCAUUUCCCACUCAUGACCUUAAAAACAGCCUGGCUUGGUGUGGGGCACAUGCAGGAGACGCUCAAGUUUAUCCUUUAACACUACAUUAAACCCCCCGUGCAUCUCCACUCCAGUGCUGGUUUAACUGGCCUAACCUUUUUUUCUGAAACUUCUUGCUCUUCCAGCUUUUGUUUUAUGCAGUCUUAACCCUGUUCCAUGUUUCCAUUACACUAUCACAGCAUUCAAUAAAAGGGGCAUUCAGAUGAACUUCA